AUGGCUACUAACAAUAUUACAUUCCUUGAAGAUCUUGACAUACAGAAGGAUGAUUUCACUGUCAAGGUCCGAAUUGUUAGACUGUGGAAGCAACCAGUGUUUAAAAACCCAGAUGAAAUAUAUUCAAUUGAAAUGAUAUUAAUGGUUGAACAAGGCACUAAAAUACAAGCUAAUGUCCUACAAAAAUGGGUUCCUAAGUUCAGGAACUUACUUCAGGAAGGAGUUGCAAUUUUCAUUAAGAAUCCUACAAUUGCUCGACAUGCAACGAAGUACAAGUUAAUUGAUAAUACAAACAAGUUAAGUUUGUAUUACAAGACUUCUGUGUCGAAUUGCCGGGAUUUUAAGGGUUCCAUUUUUGGUUUCUCAUUUGUGAAAUUUGCAAAACAUAUAUCCAAAAGUAUCCCAACACAUACAGCAGUUGAUGUAAUUGGUGAAGUUAUUGCUUGUGAGACAAUGGUGACUCUUCCAGAAAAUAAUGGAAAAGCCAAAACACGGAUGCAGGUUGAGAUGCACGAUUUGGAGGGGAUUAAAAUGCAAGUGACAUUGUGGGAUGCGUUCGCUCAGGAAUUGAAUGAUUAUGUUUCUACUAACAAGGAUAAGGGGAUUGUUAUUCUUGUUAUUCAGUUUGCAAUGGCCAAAAUUUACAGAGAAAGACCAUUUCUUUCUAACUCAUUCAAUGGUACGAGGUUGUUCAUCAACUCGGACAUUGAUGAAAUAAAGGAUUUUAAUAAAAGUGAGACUGUUGAGGCGAAAUCACUAAUUUUAUUAGGAACGGUGAAAGCAUUUAGGAAGGAUGUCCCUUGGUUUUACAUGGGUUGCACGAGGUGUAACCGCAAGGUUCGACCCAUGUACACUAUAACUGACAAAGAUGAUGGAUCUUGUAUGAAAGAAGCAGUAGAGUUGUAUGAAAAAGUUAAAGAGAGUGGUGAUUUAGAUAUGUUUCCGGAUGACUUGGAUGUUUUGCUUGAUUGGAGGUUUGCAAUAAAGAUUGACAUAACUGAUUACAAUAUUAAAAAUAGUUGUUUCAUUUAUGGCAUUUCAAAGCUAACAGAUGAUGAUGUCAUUUUGAACGAAUUGGAGAUGAGAUGCGCUUCUCAACAGCCUGGUGAAUCAGAAUCAGUAAAUCUGCAUUCAACAGAUUUUAGUUCUCAAGAUAAGUUAAAGAAUGCAACACCAUCCAAUGUUGAUAAAAGCACUACAAACAAUCCAGAAUCAGAAGAGAAGUUGUGUGACAGAAGGCUUAUGAAAGGAGUUGAUAGGAAGCGGCUUUUUGAAAGUUGGUCUGAUGCCGAUCAGGAAGGAAAAGGAUUGGCUAUAAAAACAUUAAAGAUCCCUAAAGUUGAAAAGUAA